AUGGCAGAAAUCAUCGAAGAAAAGAGGAGAUCGCCCAUAAGCGGGAAAGUUGACUUUGAGGAACGGCGCAAGGUGCAAUUUUUCAUCGACCGCGUCGAAGGCUUGACGUCGGGGGGUUUUCAACUCUUGCCAUCGCCUUACUACGUUUCUGUGGAAAAUGUCGAGAGGAGCCAAUCAAUCGCUACCAGAAAAGGGGAGAAGAAAGGCUCCACCGUCUCUUGGGGCAACAAUGUGUUCAUUCCGCACCUAGCAGAAUCUUCGCAGAUCCGCUUUGAACUACAGCAAGAAGUGACCUCACUUUUGAACAAACGUAUGGCCGUUGUGGGCAGAACGGAUGUGUUCGAUUUACGCCAGCUCCAAGAUAUGCAGACGCAAGCAGGAAGCGGGCCUACAGCACGCAUCGAACUGAACGUAAACUUGACGCAGCAAGCACUGCCAUCUCCUAGAUUACCCGUCACGGGCCAACGGUCUACUAGCCCUACUCCUCCUGCUACGACGCAACAGAAAGGGUACAAGUCCGCUAUGUUACAUCUGAGAGUCAAGAUCCUCAGCACACAAGAUGGGAACCUCAACAUCGCCCAUACUAACAAGAAACUGUUCGCAGAGCGAUGUCGCGCUGAGAGCUUGGAGCACCUCGCGGGAUUCACAAACAAGAUGGGCUACCUCAGAGAAUCAUUUGAUGGAAACGAAUUCGUGUGUCUUAUUGACAUGAUCCUUGGUGUCUGCGCUGGCAUCCGAAAGCAGCUCACAGAAUCUGAUCUUCAUAACGAGAACAAGAACACCUCGGGGCUGCUAGAAGCUCUAGACUCAGCUUUCAUCCCGUCGCAGUCGCUCUCAACCAGGAAGCUGGCGAAGACAGGCCACCAUGGGACGGAGAUGAUGCAGGAAAUGCUGUGCGCGGCGAUCAAGGCCCUAAGGAGCGUCGAUGCAUUCCUGAGGCAUCCUGAUGCUCUUGUCCGAGAUAAGCUUGAGUUCAAGCUCAACGACUGGAUACAGUACUACCAAGCGUGCGAAAGACACCUGCUUGAUCCAGCCAAUGUUGAGAAGCCAAAACUGCCUGCUCAUAGGACAUCGAGAAGGAUUCAUUGCGCCACUUCUAUGGCUAAACACCCUGAGCUACCCCAGCACAACAUGAUCCCGAUUGACCUACCUCAGGUAUAUGCACAAGGAGGGUACCGUCCAGACCUUGUGCGGCUCGUUGCAGAGUGGUUAUUCCUGUCGUCCGGUCCGACCUAUUCGAGACCUCCUAUACCUACAACAGCAAGAAGCGUCGUCAUCAGGAGUGGCGACACCAAUGCGAAUGGCAGAGUGAAAGCAGAUGAGCUCAAGCCGCUCAACAAUGUUCUAUGCCUCGUCGGGGAGGCUGGGUGUGGAAAGACCCAGCUCGUCGCGCAUAUAUCCGAGUGGCUGGCAAAGACAGGAUGUUUGGGCGGGUACUUCUCGUUUGGCCCAUCUGCGCCAUCCUCUUCACCCGAUGCUGUCUCGAAUACGCGACGAACUACCCCCGACCUCCUGGAUGCCCUUCCUAUGACGCUCGUGCACCAAGCAUGCACCGUCGAGCCUGACGCCCUCUCCAAAUUCUGCUCUGUCCUCAGUCAGAACCCCGGUGCCUUGCGCGAGCCUCUUGAGAGCCGCUUCGAGAAGCUCUUCGCAAAGCCCAUCAAGGCGUUCGCAGAUGGCAGGGAAGGUGCGAAGUGGAAUCACCUCGACCCACUUGUAUUUAUCAUCGAUGAUCUUGGAGCAGGGUCUGGUGAACGAGAGGGCAAGGGGGCAGAAGACGACAAGAAGGCACUGGAUGUCUUUGUCAGCUGGAUGAGCUCGAAGAGCAUCCGAGGCUUGCCUUCAUACGUGAGGUUUGUCGUUGUCAGCCGGUGCGAGACAGGUGUGGCGGAUAAAUUGAAGGAGAAAGGUGCUGUUGUUUGUGAGAUGGCUUCCAAGUCUGGUGACGAUGUUGUCAUUGGUCCAGUCCCUACCUCGACGAUUGGUGGAAGCUCAAGCUCGAAUGGGUUGGCCCCUCCAACUACAGGAGGAAAGGGCAAGGAAAGGGCAUUUUUGUGA